AUGAGUAAGCGCUCCUGCUGUCACAUCAGUCACCUGCCUGUGAGUGAGGAUGGGCGCUCCUGGCCGUCACGAGGUCUGGGGUUCGAUCCUGGCUCCUCCACUUUCCGAUACGAGUUGUCCGCGGUCAAGCGGCAGCGAAGAGGUGUCGUCAAGGGCUGGGAGGGAAGUUAUGUUGCUUGGAUGAUUCACGCCGCGAUGUCUAUUGAUCCACACGCCCAGAAGCUGUUCGUAGUUAUCUACCGAUGA